GAGCACCUACUAUGUACCAGUUGUGGUGCUAGGUGCUGGGGAUAAAGUGGAAAACAAGAUUUCUUCCUUUGUGUACCUCAGGGCCUUACCUUACAUGAUGUCCUCUCAGCCUCAGUGGUCCACACAGGCUAGGUGCUGGCUGGGAUGAGUGGCCUACACUGGAUUUUAGGGUCCUGCCCCAGUUCACUUGUUUAACAGAGUCUACAAAAGGAGAAUUGUGGGCCAUAAUCCUGAGUCCUCUCAUUCUGAAGUUUACUAGCCUCCCUAGACAACAUUCUGGUGGGGAUUGUCUGAGGUAAGGAGAGGCCCAUUGGUGAGUUCCUGAGAUGACCACCAUGAGUAACUAAGACUCUAUCUCCCUGGGCGCCAGCCUCUACCCACCCCUGGGAGGGCGGGGCUUGGCUGCACCCACGUGUGGCAGAGUUAAAUGCUCCUGCCCGCAGAAGAGCUGGGGAGUGUAGCACUGAGUCUGCAUAGGCAGAGAAGCAGAACCAUGGCUGGCAAGAAAGUCUGCAUUGUAGGCUCCGGAAACUGGGGCUCUGCCAUUGCCAAGAUUGUGGGUGGCAAUGCAGCCCAGCUGGCACACUUUGACCCACGGGUGACCAUGUGGGUGUUUGAGGAAGAUGUCGGAGGCAGAAAACUGACGGAGAUCAUCAACACACAGCAUGAGAAUGUCAAAUAUCUGCCAGGGCACAAGCUGCCCCCAAAUGUGGUGGCUGUUCCAGAUGUGGUCCAGGCUGCAGUGGAUGCUGACAUCCUGAUCUUUGUGGUGCCCCAUCAGUUCAUUGGCAAGAUCUGUGACCAGCUUAAGGGCCACCUGAAGGCAAACACCAUUGGCAUAUCUCUUAUUAAGGGGGUAGAUGAGGGCCCCAAUGGGCUGAAGCUCAUCUCCGAAGUGAUUGGGGAGCGCCUUGGUAUCCCAAUGAGUGUGCUGAUGGGGGCCAACAUCGCCAGUGAGGUAGCUGAUGAGAAGUUCUGUGAGACAACCAUUGGCUGCAAGGACCCAGCUCAGGGACAAGUUCUGAAAGAACUGUUGCAAACACCAAAUUUCCGUAUCACAGUGGUGCAAGAGGUGGACACAGUUGAGAUCUGUGGGGCCUUAAAGAAUAUAGUGGCUGUAGGAGCUGGCUUCUGUGAUGGGCUGGGCUUUGGUGACAAUACCAAGGCAGCAGUGAUCCGGCUGGGACUCAUGGAGAUGAUCGCCUUUGCCAAGCUCUUCUGCAGUGGCCCUGUGUCCUCUGCCACCUUCUUGGAGAGCUGCGGUGUCGCAGACCUCAUAACUACCUGUUAUGGAGGGCGGAACCGCAAGGUGGCAGAAGCCUUUGCCCGUACAGGAAAGUCCAUCGAGCAGUUGGAGAAAGAGAUGCUGAAUGGACAGAAGCUGCAGGGGCCCCAGACAGCCCGGGAGCUACACAGUAUCCUCCAGCACAAGGGCCUGGUGGACAAGUUCCCUCUGUUCAUGGCUGUGUACAAAGUGUGCUAUGAGGGCCAGCCAGUGGGUGAAUUCAUCCGCUGCCUGCAGAACCAUCCAGAACAUUUGUGAGUGGGGCCAGGGCCCAGGCCAGGCAGCUUCUUUACCCCAUUGGAGAUUGGCAGAAACUUGGGGCACAUAGUCACCAGGCUCUCCGGGACUCCCCAUGGAACAGAAUCUUCUCAGCUUUUCUUUGGAGGACAGGAGGCUGUGGGGCCCAGCUCUGCACCUGGAGGUCCUGAACUGCCAAGCAGCCUGCAGUCUCCUACUACUACAUCUUGUCAGAAAUGGAGCUGCCAUGUCCCUUUCCAGAUGUGGGGCUUUUUUCCUAUCCUCUGGGAAGGGUAGAAUCAAGCCUCAGUGCUUCCUGCUUCAGGUGUAUGUGUAUGGGGGAGAGUGGGGAUAGAGGACAUCAGUGCAGGGGCUGCUGGUUCCUCCCUCACACAGACCAGGGAUCCUGUUAAAUGGCUAAAGAAAUACUUGAGCAACAGGAGGGAUGAGGUAAGGGCUUCCAGGGAGAGGUUUGGGCUUUUGAGCUGACAGAGGACCCACGGACCCCUUGACUGACCUCUGCCAGGCCCCCAUAGCUUCAGUGGAUCUCAAUGUUUGUUAACAAAAUACAAAGAUCUCAAACAACCCCCUUCUAGCUUCUCCUAGCAACACCUGCGUCCUCAGAAACCUCUGGUCAUCCCCUUUGCCCUUCCCCCAGGCUGCUCUGGCACCAGAGUUGUUGCCAUGCUGGCAUCUCUGGCCUAGUGGCUUGCCAUUCCCCCCAGGGACUUCCUGGUUCCUAGUUCUUUGCCAGCUCCUCCCACCCUAUGUGACCUUUCCUAGCCUUCCCUCACCCUCCCCACCAGCACCCUCUUUGGGGAGCAGGAACUUAAUCUGCUGACAGAACUACACUUUUGCAAAGUAGGCUCAGAUCACUAGGCUCCCUGUGACCUUUGUAUUUACCCUGCCUCUCUUCUUAGUAGCUCUAGCUGGGGGAGGUGUCAGCUGGUCCCCUCCUGCUGCUGUCUUCCCAGAGGACAUCCUUGCUCUGUCCUCUUCCUCCUCCCAAUCCUGUGUACCUUUUUCUUACCUGCCCCAGACUGGCCAGGGAAGCUAACCAGCACCUGGUGUCUGGAGGCCAGGGGGCCAGAGUGGGCAAAGGUGGGAAAAGUAAGCAGGUUCCCAUGUUGGUGGGUCCUGGUAGCCCAAGGCCAGCUCUCUUUAUGCUUAACAAGGGCCCCCCAUGAGGUGUUGUCCCCAUCAACAAUUCAGCAGUAACAAACUCAAAAAGGAGGAAGAAAAUAAAAACCAGCCUUCUCCUGGGGUGAGAGAAGAGCAGCAGAGAGGGAGGGAGGGGAGUGUGCUUUGGACUAGCCUUGUUUCAGAACGAGGUGGCAGCAGGGGAAUGUCAUGGGUCAGCAGCCUAAGCCCUCAGCUAUAAUUAGUCCCCUGGGGCCUGGGAGGCUCCUGUGUCCAGGUCCAUCCAGCAGAGGUCAGCUUCCUGUGUGGCAGCACCUGGCACACUGUGGCUCUGGCAGCAUUAUGUUAACCCUUAACCCUCCACACCUGCCAGGCGCGAAGGCUCCUCUCUGCUCUCAGCCCUUAAUUCACUGUCUUACCAGUGAAGGGCAAAAGUGAGGGGCCCAGGUGGGGACACUAAGUGAAUCAGGGCUGCGUCCCCAGCAGGUGAAGGUGGGCACAGAGAAGCCUCUUCAAACACUUUUAUCUACCCUUGUUCAUUCACUCCAUAGUUAACUGUGAAUCUGAGGCCUUCCUCCCAGGCCACCUUAUCUACCAAUAAAACGUGCUUUUUUCCAGAAUCAGGGAGAGUCACAGGAGGAAGCA